GUAGAAACAGAUGAUUCUCAAAUGUAAGGGCUUCUUGUACAAUUUAAACUUUUAAGCUGAAAUAAGGAUAAUUGGAGUUAAACCAUUUAACGUCACAUUUUCUGGUUCCCCAAACCCCCAAAACCCUGACCGGCAAAGUAAGCAAGCUCGCUACUAUCGCCGGUCAGAAAUUCACCGGCGGCCGUCUGCCUAUCCAGAAAUUGGAAAAAGGAAAAGAAAAGGCCUUUAUUUUUUUUGAAUGAAUUAAGGAGAAGAGAGAGAAAAUGCCUAAUCGAACUCGGCCGAUGGCAGCAUUAUUGGUGUUUACCGGACUCAAUGCCAUUUUGGUCUCAACAAUUGAACCAGUCUACGAUUUCGUCUGCUUCCAUCCCUACUGGGAACGCAGGAGAGAACGCCGGCGUCGGGAACGUGAGGCUGCACUGGCGAAGAGUCCGGUAUCGCAUUGAAAAUUAUAGCAAUGGCAAGUGUCCUGGAUAAGUUUUCCAUCCAUCAUCCUAUAGUGUUUUGUGAUUUGUAUGGGAAGGAAAGACUUGGAACUAAAAAUUCUACAAAAGAAACACUAAGAAACAGAAAAAGAAGGUAAAAAAUACUUUCCUUCACUUGAACCUUUACCAAUGAUUUUGGGAGCUACCCUGAAGUACAUCCUUUGGAGCACUUUUGGCAGAAAAAGUUUUGACUGAAUUUUAAUCUCAUGCCGAGGGAAAUAAUUGUUGUAGCUUUGGGACUUCACUAUGUAAAGUAUGACUUGGAGGUUGGACAUGUUACAUGUAAAGGCUCCUUCGUAGGUUUAUCCACCAUAUGUAAGUAAAACUAGGGGUGUUUCUUUUGAAAUUUUGCUAGGGGUGUUUCUUUUGAAAUUUUGGUAGUCAGUGCCUUCUUUCAUUUUUCAGGAAAAAUUGGUUGAUGCAAACUAUUCUGUUCAUCCUGUGUUAUUUAUCCUCUUUGUUGGUUCCUUAUGGUAGGAAUGAACAGUUUUCUGUCCAUCUUUUAUCUGUAAUCUGUCUCUGUGAAGUCACUCUCAUGGACAAAACUGUGUCUGUCCGGGGCUGGGCUUUUGGAGAAAAGAAUAUGACAUUCGCAUAUCACAGAAGCACCUCUCCUCUGCUAGUAUGCAACACCAUUUAUAUUGUUAAUUGAAGAUGGUACAAUCUAUGCUGUGAUUACCCUAUUGUAUGUC